ACUCAUAUAUAAACACUUCUAUUCGUUCACAGUCUUCGCUUUCUCUCUCUUCUUCCUUUCUUCGAAUUCAAUUCCGAUUCCGAUUCAAUGGCUCGUACUAAGCAAACCGCUCGCAAAUCCACCGGUGGCAAGGCUCCAAGGAAGCAACUCGCCACCAAGGCUGCUAGGAAAUCUGCUCCAACUACUGGUGGAGUCAAGAAGCCACAUCGUUACCGUCCUGGAACCGUUGCUCUUCGUGAGAUCCGUAAGUACCAGAAGAGUACUGAACUUUUGAUCCGUAAGCUUCCUUUCCAGCGUCUUGUUCGUGAAAUUGCUCAAGAUUUCAAGACUGAUCUGCGAUUCCAGAGCCAUGCUGUUCUUGCUCUUCAGGAAGCUGCUGAAGCUUACUUGGUUGGAUUGUUUGAGGAUACCAAUUUGUGCGCAAUUCAUGCUAAGAGGGUGACGAUCAUGCCGAAGGAUAUUCAGCUUGCUCGCCGCAUUCGUGGUGAACGUGCUUAGGGUUAAUGAUUGAUAUGAAUAUUAGUAGUAUUUUGGGAUUAUGAUUUAGUGUUUAUUUGAAUUCUAUGUUUUUCUUUUAUGCGUUGUAUAGUUUUGAACCAUAAUGGUCAAAUUACAAUUGAAGUCUAUGCAACUAUUUUCUUAUUUUUA